AUGCCUGCACCUCCGUGUGACGUCACUUGUAAACACCAUCAGCACUCAUGGCCUUCAGGUCUUCUUCACGCAGCCAGCCCAGCAGCGAUGAUACAAAUAAAAAACCGCAUGAAAUACAGCUCACUGGGCCUCGCCGACGGUGAGCCUCUCGGAAGAAUAAUCAUUGAGCUGAAUGCAGAUGUUGUCCCAAAGACUACAGAAAACUUCAGAGCCCUUUGCACAGGAGAGCACGGCUUUGGAUACAAAGGAUGUCUGUUUCAUAGGGUCAUACCUGAGUUCAUGUGCCAGGGAGGAGAUUUCACCAACCACAAUGGCACUGGAGGGAAGUCCAUCUAUGGGAAAACAUUCAAAGAUGAGAACUUCAAACUAAAACACACUGGUCCAGGAACACUCUCCAUGGCAAAUUCAGGACCAAACACAAAUGGCUCGCAGUUCUUCAUUUCUACAACUAAAACUGAAUGGCUCGACGGUAAACACGUGGUGUUCGGCCAGGUGAAGGAUGGUUUGGAUGUUGUCACUAAGAUGGAAUCCUUCGGUUUGCAUGACGGAGGUGUGAUCAAGAAAAUUGUCAUCACUGAUUGUGGGGAGGUCAAAUAACCGUUGGACUGUUGGGGUCACUCUCAGACUUCUGUUAGAUUUUGAUAGAAUGCACAAGUUUUAGCAUUCAUCUUUAAUAAUAUAAACUUUGAAGGAGGAACUGCCGUGGAGAUUUUUCUUCAGUUAAACCAGGCAGUUCUCGUUGAUUUCUAUUUAAAGGGAUCUGGUGAUUUGUGGUCUUACAUAUGUUUUACAGACAGUAGUAAUUAUCCCUGAAACAUUUCUACAAGAGCUGAAAAAGCUAAGCCACUCAGUUUGUACAAUCACUGUAAAAAACAAAAAACAGAAUCACAAUUGGAUGAUGGCCAGUGAGUUGCUUCAUUUUUAAAAGCAUACAGAAUUCGUAUGUACAGCAGAAAGUCAUUUUAUCUAGCUGCCGUAUAUUUAAAUAAACACGUGAGAGGGUGUAUUUUUUUCCACAUCAAGUUGCGGACAAAGCAUGGAAUCAAGAAUUCCCCUCAGCUUUUAUGACUUGGAAGACUGCUCUAAUAAAACCAAUAUUCAUGAUAAAUCAGGUUCUGAUUUUCUCUGACAGAUCAGCAUUGCAGCAUAAGUUUUCCAGCCUAAAGAAAUGUUAACACUGAGUACGAUCCAGACUGUUUGCUGGCCAUGUCGUUGCCCUUUGACGUCUUCUUUGGUCGACCCGUACGUCUUCCUUUUGCAAUCUUCCCGUCUUGAUUUGCUCUCGCUCCAAAAGUUAGUUGCAGCUCAUUUGGAACCGUCCAUUUGUUUGCCACUUUUAGUGUUGGAUUACCGUCUCAAAGGCAUUUGUUUUUUCCAAGUCUUUUUCAUUGUUUCCACUGACUGCUCUGCUUUUGGGAUUCCUUCAGGUUUGCAGGCUUUCUUUUAACUGCAGGCUCAUUUGCAUGUUUAGACAUGUUUAAGGAUUUGGUGGAAAAAUAAAACCUCCAACAUGAGUCCAUCACUUUUUCCUCCACCUGAUGUGGAAACAACUGAGAAUAUCCUCAAUAACCUGUCAAAUAUCAAGAUUUUGAACCUGCCUGAAACUUCUUUGUGCUUGGACAGUUUUAAUAGCAUGCUAAAUGUUCUGCUCGUUCUACCCAUAAAAUGUUACAUUUAUGUUUUACUUUUAUUUUUUGCUUAAACAAGCACAAUAUUCGGAUUCAUCACACCCCAGGAAAGUUUUCCAGCUUGCAUCAGUCUAUCAUUAAAUGUGUUGGGCUCAGAGAAGAAAAGUGUUAUGAAAGAUUUUCUUUGCACGGUUAGGAUUUAAUUUAGCGUAUUUGUACACACAGACGCAGCCAGUGUUUGAUGGUUUUCAUAGAGGUUCCUAAAAACUUGUGGAAAUCAGCACAGAGGCUAAAGAUCUUAGCCACUCGAUGCAAGUUCUCCAUGUGGUCCCUUGUGUACAGAAAUGACUAAAAGGAUCUUCUAAUGGUUUAAGGUUUAAGUGGUGAAAUAACUUUGUUCCUGGGUUGUUAAUCACGAUGUGCAACCAUAUCACUG